CAAGAUUUUCCUCCGGACCUGUCUCGGUGGUGAUUGAAGGGUGAUUCCGCACAUUUAGGCAAUAAUUAGCCGUAGUUGUAUAUAGAAAUAACUUAGACGGUCAUAUCUGCGACCGAUUAUCACAUAGUCAAACUGGCGCUUUUGCUUGAGUGUAUUAUGAACGGGCACGCCAUUCUAUACACCGGGGUCACUUUGGCCUUCUGGAGUACCAUUCUCAUCGUCGGAAUCUGCUAUACCAUUUUCGACCUUGGAUUCAGAUUUGAUGUGGCAUGGUUUUUGACGGAGACCUCCCCGUUUAUGUGGGCCAAUCUUGGCAUCGGCUUGGCCAUUUCCCUCUCGGUCGUCGGCGCAGCCUGGGGGAUUUACAUCACUGGCUCCAGCAUCAUUGGUGGUGGUGUCAAAGCCCCUCGCAUUAAAACCAAAAAUCUGGUCAGUAUUAUCUUCUGUGAGGCUGUUGCCAUCUAUGGAAUCAUUAUGGCAAUUGUCAUAAGCAACAUGGCAGAGAAUUUCAGUGGCACCACCCCAGAGACUAUUGGGGCAAGAAACUACCAAGCAGGUUACUCCAUGUUUGGCGCGGGUCUGACCGUUGGCUUUUCCAACCUUUUCUGUGGCAUCUGCGUUGGUAUUGUGGGUAGCGGGGCUGCCCUUGCAGAUGCCCAGAAUCCAAGCCUCUUUGUCAAAAUUCUCAUUGUUGAAAUCUUUGGCAGUGCCAUUGGGCUGUUUGGUGUCAUUGUAGCCAUCCUGCAAACGUCAAAAGUAAAAAUGGGAGAUUAGAAGACUUGAAGAGGCUCGAGGAUGAAAACAAGACUAAAGCCCCUUUGAUGCAGAAACAUUGACAGAUUGAUUAUGUAAAUACAUAGUAAAUUAUUUAAAUGUAUUUUUUUUGUUUGUUUGUUUGUUUGUGUGUGUUUUUAACCAUCAGUGACUGAAGAGUGAACUAUUUCCACCAUUUUCCUCUUUCGAGAAAAGUUCUCUCUGUACAUUAGAAAGAAUCAAAGCAUGUGGCAUUGCACAUCUGGAGAAAAAAAAAAAAAAAAAAGAUAAACUUUAGGUUUUGGUUACACCCAUUUACAGAAAAUGACUUAAUUGUUAUUAAGACCAGACCGAUAGAAAAUAAACACCUGUUACGCUGAAAAGAUGUUGAAUUUGACAUGAGCGUGUUCGGUGAAUGACCAGUACUUGAGACGUAUUAUGGAGUUUCUCUCUUUGUUAAACUCUUGCUCAAGUCAUACAGUAGGUCCCCUUAAACAUAUUGUGGUACACUUGUGAAAACGUUGAAGUUCAGUGUGUAAUUUGCUGUGAUUGCUGUUUCAUACAACACAAGACAGUGAAAAAUACAGAAUUGUGGUUACAUGUUCUGAAUGGCUAUAAAUUUUGUCGGAAGUAUCCUCAUGUUCCUCUUUAUCCAAAAAA